AUGACCAGAGCAUCCAGUAGAAGAUCUGUAUCUCCUUCUGGAUCUGAUCCUUUCGUCUCCCCAAAGAAGCCCCAUACCCUGGCAGCUCUCGACAAGCCCCCCAUCUUGCGUCGCAACAAGGACUUGAUGUUCAUGACGACCAUUCAGAUCGAGGACGAUGAUGCACGUAUCGAGCGCGACAUCAAGGCUCGUCCCAACUCUCGUCCUCCCAUCACUACAACCAAUGAAUGCUUCCCUGCAUCCGGUUGGCCCACGGGCCCAAACGCACCCAAGGAUCCGUACGCACCUACUUCCUCCGCCUUCAGUGACUCCAGCACUUCGUCACCUGCACGCAAGUCUUCGCCUUCUCCCCCUCCCAUCCCCGAAAGAAGCCCCUUCCGCCCCAAAUGGAACGAUGAUGACUUCUACUCGCCCGACCGCGUUCCUUCGCCGCCUUCGGUCUAUCUGGCAGGUUCAGACUCCGAAGAGGAAAUGUGGGACUCUGAUUCCGACUGGGAGGGUCUCUACAGUCCCGAGACCACGGGCUUGGUUUCUGCUUUCUCGCCUUCUUCGUCGGAGGAGGGUGAAGUGAGUCUGGCUAAUGAGGAGCCUGACGCUGAUCAUGCUGGCCACGAUGAUCACGCUGAUCACGUUGAUCACGAUGGCCACGAUGGCCACGAUGACCACGAUGACCACCAUGUCUACACCAGCCCUGUCCGCUGGGUCAUCCAUGCCGGUGCUUCCAAGUUCGAACCCGUCCAGUACUCAGACGCCACCAGAAUGUUCGAGAGUGGUGAUGACAUGGGCGUUGAGAAGAGAGGUUAA